GCGGGGCCCGGAAGCGGGAGCUGUGUGUUCUCAUGCGAACGGGAAGGAGCGUUGGGGCGCUGGAGUCGCGAGGUUGAGAUAUUUUUCGGCCCGAAACGGGAAAGAGUUGCCGCCGCCCCGCCGCCAAUCCGCGCCGCGCCGACCCCCGCCGCUCGUCCGGGCCGGCCGCGCCCCUGCUUCCGCCCCUCCCUCACGGCCCGUCCGCGUGUGGCGCGGUUGCCGGGCACCGGGGCUGCGGCGGUCGGCGGCCGGGCGGCGGCGGUGCUGACAGCAUCCUACGGCUAGCAUUAAACUUCUCCCAGUGGAGCCACAAAGUAAACAGCUCAUGACUUCUGAUCAGGACGCUAAGGUCGUGGCUGAACCUCAGGGCCAGCGAGUCCAGGAAGGCAAAGACAGCGCUCAUCUGAUGAAUGGUCCCAUAUCUCAAACCACUUCUCAGACAAGCUCCAUCCCAGCUUUGAGUCAGGUGAUUCCCGUCAUCCCAGGUGACAGCAAGGAAGUAGCAGUACCAGGUUGCAAGGACACUGUUCUACCACUCAUAUCUGAAAAGCCCUCAAAGGGGGAUUUGCAGAGCUUCCCAGAGGAACUGUACUCCCAGUUUUUGAAUGAACUUUCCUGUUACCCGAUGGCAGAGUUGGCAAGACAGAUGUUUUCUGAAGGGCUGGCAGAUGGUUGUGGAUAUCAAGUGGGCUGCCCGUGGACUAAUACAGCUGCGAAAGACACAUUAGAAGAGCAGAUAUUUAGUGAGGACCUGCACAGUAAGCCACAGGACCUAGAGAUCUCUUUGUUUUGGAUGGAAAAGCCCCCUUAUCAGCUACCAGUGGCAGAAGAUGGUGUUAUUUGGGGAUGGCAAGAGAGAGGUGGACAGUUAGUACCAACGGCCAAGGUUUCAGAGCUAAACCCUAAUGCAAAAGUAUGGGGGACUCCUGUGUUACACUUGGAAGCAAGUAGUGCAGCGGAUGGCAGUGUGAGCGCAGCCUGGGAGGCGACGCCCGACCGUGGCCAGGAGGGAUUGGACACCAAUGGUGAUGGUGACAAAAGUCAUGAGAAUGCUGCACUGUCAGAUUUACCGGAGUCAGACCAGACAGCCAUGAGCACUUUGGGUCUGGACCACUCAGAGUAUGAAUCACCGCCUGAAAAUAGCGAGACGGGAGGAAAUGAAUCUCAACCAGAAAGCCAGGAAGACCCCCGGGAAGUACUUAAAAAAACAUUGGAAUUCUGCUUGUCUAGGGAGAACCUUGCUAGUGACAUGUACCUUAUAUCGCAGAUGGACAGUGAUCAGUACGUGCCAAUCACCACGGUAGCUAACCUGGACCACAUCAAGAAGCUCAGCACCGACAUGGACCUGAUUGUCGAGGUGCUGAGGUCUUUACCUUUAGUCCAAGUGGAUGAGAAGGGAGAAAAAGUAAGGCCAAAUCAGAAUCGUUGCAUAGUAAUAUUACGUGAAAUACCUGAAUCCACCCCUAUAGAAGAAGUAGAAGCACUAUUUAAAGGAGAUAACUUACCGAGAUUUAUAAACUGUGAAUUUGCCUAUAAUGAUAAUUGGUUUAUUACAUUUGAAACAGAAGCAGAUGCACAACAGGCUUACAAAUAUCUGCGAGAAGAAGUCAAAACUUUUCAAGGAAAACCAAUUAAGGCACGGAUAAAAGCAAAGGCAAUAGCUAUAAACACAUUUUUGCCAAAGAAUGGCUUUAGACCUCUGGACAUGAGCCUGUACACGCAGCAGCGCUACACCGCAUCGUUUUACUUACCUCCGGUCUACAGCCCCCAGCAGCAGUUUCCUCUGUACAGCCUGAUCGCCCCCCAGACAUGGUCAGCGACACAUAGCUAUCUUGAUCCGCCCUUGGUAACGCCAUUUCCAAAUACUGGAUUUAUAAAUGGGUUCACGUCUCCAGCCUUCAAACCUGCAGCAUCUCCUCUGACUUCACUCAGACAGUACCCUCCAAGGAGCAGGAAUCCUAGUAAAUCUCAUCUGCGCCAUGCCAUUCCCAGUGCAGAGAGAGGGCCCGGGCUGUUAGAAAGUCCUUCGAUAUUUAACUUCACUGCGGACCGGUUGAUGAACGGUGUGCGGAGCCCACAAACGAGGCAGACGGGUCAGCCUCGAGCUCGGCUACAGAACCCUCCAGUCUACGCCAAGAGAGACGCGGGGCCCGGGCGGGUGGAACAGAGCAGCCUCGAGUCCUCUCCGGGCUUAGGUAGAGGAAGAAAAAACUCCUUUGGUUACCGGAAGAAACGGGAGGAGAAGUUCACAACAGGUGUGGACCUCCGAAGACUAGGGAGCGAGUGUUUGCGUCGCUCACCUGCGGUAUUUCUGAGCCCCUCCUGCCCAGCCACCCCAGGGCGACUCCACGGUGUUCUUCUCUUUCAGAGGAGUCAGACUCAGUCUCCAACACCGCCCAGGCCACCCUCCCCGAGCUUUGAAUUAGGCCUCUCCAGCUUCCCCCCACUGCCUGGGGCGGCGGGGCAUUUGAAGACGGAGGACUUGUUUGAGAACAGGCUGUCUGGCUUGCUCACAGGAUCGUCCAAAGAAAGGAGCCUGAACGCAGACGCAAGCACGAACACUCUCCCCGCGGUGCCCCCCCGAGAGCCCUCAGUGCCCUGUGCCGUGUCCGCAGCCUGCGAGCGUGCCCCCUCCCCUGCCCACCCGCCCGAGGAUCCCAAGGUGGUGGAGAAGCAGAAGGAGACCCCGAGUGUGGACAGACCUCCUCCCACCCUGAGCACGACUGCGAGUAAAUCGGUGCAGGUGGACGGCGCCAUCUCGGAAUUGCGAAAACCCAGCUACGCAGAGAUUUGUCAGAGGACGAAUAGAGAGCCGCCAUCUUCCCCGUUGCAGCCCCAGAAAGAACAAAAGCCAAACGCUGUUGGUUGUGGGAAGGACGAAAAGAAGCUCACCGAGAGAGAGCCCCCUGCCCCCAAGUCCAGCCCAGGACCACCCAAAGACCAGAGGAGACCGCCAGGCCGCCGGCCCUCUCCCCCAGCCUCGGGGCGGCGUCUGCACAGAGAACAGAGCCCCCCGCCCAGGUCCCCUCAGUGAGCGCCGAGGUCUGGGAGGGCUUCAAGGAGCUGAGGGCGCCACAACUAAGCACUGUCCUGCUCGGGAUGUGAGUGAGCCGCUGGUUAGGAGCUUGCAGUGUAGAUGAGGCCCACAAGGUGCCUGCAAGUUAUUUUUCUUCUGAGUCGGAUUUCCCCCCUCUUGAAAAAAAUCUAUUUUUCAGGAUUUAAUUAAUAUAAACCUUAUUUUAGGUUGGUGCUUAACUGGAGGUGAUGCAUAAGUCUGAUUUUUUUCAGGAUAGAAAAUGCAUUUAUCCUAACAAAUUGAUAUUUUUUAUUAAGCCUCCAUGUGGCUAUGAAUGCAAGCUAUAUAUAUAUAUAGUGAGUUUUUCUAAAUUAAGCGGAACUAUGCUACUUCAUUUUUUAAAAUAACUGGUUAGCAAGUGUGUAUCUCUGAGAUGUCCAGACCGCCGGGUGAGGCUGAGGACCGUGGGAUUGAGGGCACAAGGCGAUGCUAUGAGUGUAGCCUGGGGAAGGGACGGGGUCCAAUGGCGCCACACGCUGGCCUGGGAGUUGUCCUUUCAUUCAGAAGCCUAAGAAGUGGUUCUAGCAUUUUUUAAGUAGAGCCCAUUUUUGGUCCACUGGGCAGAGUAACCCUGCAGAGCACCGAGAGUCCUGAUGUCCUGCCAGCAAGUAACCAGCUCCUCACUCCAGUCUCAAGUGGCUGUUAAUGUAAGAUAAACUCAAAGCACAUUGUGAAUAGAACUUAAAUGAAAUAUAAACUUUGUUGCCCACUGACAUGUUACCACGAAAUUAUACCCUGAUGUUUUGCUCCCGAGAGCAGGUGGGGAGGGCGUGGAGCCCGGCUCCCUCGUCUGCCCCAGUCGGCCCCACCUUACCCCUCCCGGGGUGCCUUUCCGAACCUCUGCGCACGGCACACAGAUGGUGGGAGAAGGUGUUUGUGGUGCCCUCUGGUGUUGGAGGAUCCAAGUUCCCUCUCUCUUUACCUCCAAGACAGGGUCUGUGAUCCCUUCUCUAAGUGCUGCUCUCCAAGAACACGCAUGCACUAAAGCUAGCAGUUGAUAAUAAACAUAAAUUAUUUUGUUUUAAAAUGCCUAAAUUUUUUCUUUAAGUAUUCUAAGCAGCAGACAUUAAAAUAAGACUAUUUCCUGCUAAAUGUAACCAUACAGUUUAUUCCACAAAAUGUUAUUUAACAAGACUAAGGUUUUUUCUUUUUAAAAAAGAGAUUAUUUCCAUCCAAUAUUUAAAGACUUGAAUUUUAUUUAAACUUGAAAAUGACUUUGCCUUAACUUUUGUAUAUGACAGCUUAGAGUUCCUGAGACCGGCCUGUGUUGGCGUGAGUGGGGUCUGCUGUCACGGUGUUACUGGGUAAGCACUGUAGGAAGAGCAAGCAGUCAUGUUUGUAAUUUACCUGGAAGAUCUUACACAGUUGAUCUUUUUUCAGACUGUUGAAAAAUCCUGUAAAUGCAAAUAGUCGAUACUGUAUUAAAUAUGUGCACUUGGGCGUGUGUGCUUCGCUUGUACAGUUGUAAAUAAUCAGAACAUAUUAAAAAGGUACCCUAAAGAGAAAAAGCUGAUAAAAAUUGAUAUAUUAUAAAUGUUGCUAUUGACCUGGAUGUAGAUAAACUCAGUGUUGUGGUUUGAAUAUUAUUUUAAUUUGUUGAGGUUUUUUCUUUUUCUCUUAUACUGGUGUGCUGAACUGAUUCUGCCUCUUUGCUGCUGUGAAAGGGAGAUGGAAAGUCUUACUAAAACAUUCGAAUAUUUUCAUGCUCUUCUUAAACAUAUGUAAGUAUGUACUAAUCACAGCUAAUGUUGAAAGGGUUUUUGAGGUAUAAUCUGGAAAGUGGAAACUGGCAGGGUCUUCAAGUGAAAGUAAAAAAUAAUCUACUUAAAAUUAUAAAUAGCUAAUAGGCAUGAUCUGCCUGCCAGAGGAAAACAAGCCCAUCUCCUUCAGAGCAGCGUCUUUAUUCAAAUACCUAGACACCCACACAGCGCUCAUAUUUGCAAAUGCCUGUAAAAGGAACAGGGGAAUUUAUUUCUUUGUAGUUUUGAAAUUGCUGACUGAAAAAAUCAGAAAUAAUUGACCUCUUACACCCAAACCAAUGAGUACUGUAGAAAGAGCUGGCAAGGCCAGCUCUGAGCCCCCGGGAUCCCAUGACAUGGCGGUCUCUGCCGGAGGAAGGAGCGAUGCUGUCAGCACCAUCCCCGAAUCCCAAACCGUGUGCAGCCCAGACACUGGUUUUUAAUAGUGGCAGAUCCUUUCCCUGGAGGCAGGUGUGUGGGGCCAGCCGUGCUGUCCGCCAUUUGUGUGACCAGGGUGGAGCUGUGCGUGCAGCUGGGAUGAAGGUGACCAUGACAGCAGCCGGGACCAGCCAGGUGGCAUGGCCGGCCGGGCACAUGAGGCCUACGCUCCCGCAGCCGAGUUAAGACUUCACUCUGAUGUGAUUUUUAUAGCAUUCUUUUUAAUUAAGCAAGGGCGAUACGCCAAAGAGCUAUAUAAUGUCCCCCAAUCUCCACCUUUCUGAUAUUCGUGAGGUUUUCCACUCACAGAAAAGCACAGGGGGUGCACAGCGGGAAGCUGUGGCGCCAGCCCACGGGCAGCCCCGCCACGCACAGCCGGUGUCUGGCUUCGUCCGUGUAAAAUGUAACUCUUUCCUUUCCCCUGGCAGUACCUCAAGGUACAGAGUCAGAGACACAGCAUCACAAAUGGCAUUUUAACUUGGACAAUUGUGUGAUGAUACUUGUCAUUUGGAGAGAUAAGAAUGAGAACCCAGCCCCGUUUCACCAGACAUGAAUUCAAGAAGAGUCGUUGCUUUUUAAGAGUCCGUGUCAUGAUGUUUCUGAUCAGGCCCUCUUGUAACUGCAUCACUGGUUGUUACUAGGGGUGGCAAGAAACCUGUCAAGUUGCCACGUGGUCAGGGCCACCACGGUGCCGUGUGGAGGCCAGUUUGGGGCCUCACGGCCCUCGGGGACAGGUAUGGCCCGUGUCUGCAUCUGCGUCCGCGGGGAGCGGCGGACAAUCGGCCUGAAGGAGCGGCCACGGCACCAGCUCGCAGGAGGGCAGUGACGCGGACGCCUCGCCAGGGCUUCUGUUUCUGUUCUAUUUCUUUUCAUUAAGACUGGAAUCAAGCUUAUGUGUAAACUAUUGGUAAUUUAAGUUUCCUUUGUGUCAUUCAGUGUAAAACUGUCUAAUUUGAAAAAAUGUAGGUUAUGAAAAAUAAAGAUUUAGGCACUGUU